CGUAAGGACGGCAGGUCAGCUGACAGCUAUCAGAGAACCGGGAGGAAGGAGCGGAAUUAGCGGGUGUGUGAAGUGGGAAGCUACUGGAUCCUGACAGAAGCUGUAUUUGAGGCCAAACGGGGAACGGAGAGUGGUGGCGUUCGUGAGAGAACAAGGGCGGGGUUUGGUUUCACCAUGGCCAGUUGGGACUGAGAAACAGCCACAAUGAUUGGAGGACUGUUCAUCUACAACCACAAGGGGGAGGUCCUCAUCUCCCGGGUCUACCGAGAUGACAUAGGACGUAAUGCGGUGGAUGCGUUCCGCGUGAACGUGAUUCACGCCCGGCAGCAGGUUCGAUCCCCGGUGACCAACAUUGCGCGCACCAGCUUCUUCCAUGUUAAGCGCUCCAACAUCUGGCUGGCGGCGGUCACCAAGCAGAAUGUCAACGCCGCCAUGGUGUUUGAGUUCCUUUACAAGAUGUGCGACGUCAUGACGGCUUAUUUUGGCAAGAUCAGUGAGGAGAACAUCAAGAACAACUUUGUGCUCAUCUACGAGCUGCUGGAUGAGAUCCUGGACUUUGGCUACCCCCAGAACUCAGAGACCGGAGCUCUGAAGACCUUCAUCACCCAGCAGGGCAUUAAGGGACAGCACCAGACAAAAGAGGAGCAGUCUCAGAUCACCAGCCAGGUGACGGGGCAGAUCGGCUGGCGUCGCGAGGGCAUCAAGUAUCGCCGCAACGAGCUUUUCCUGGACGUACUGGAGAGCGUCAACCUGCUCAUGUCGCCACAAGGCCAAGUCCUGAGCGCCCACGUGUCGGGCCGAGUAGUGAUGAAGAGCUACCUGAGUGGAAUGCCCGAGUGUAAAUUUGGCAUGAACGACAAGAUUGUCAUCGACAAGCAGGGCAAGGGAGGAGCAUCCGAUGACGCAGGGAAGAGUGAUUUAGGGGGAGGAAGCGGGAAGCAGUCCAUCGCCAUCGACGACUGCACUUUCCAUCAGUGUGUGCGCCUCAGUAAGUUCGACUCGGAGCGUAGCAUCAGCUUCAUCCCCCCUGAUGGAGAGUACGAGCUCAUGAGGUAUCGCACCACUAAGGACAUCAUCCUGCCGUUCAGGGUUAUUCCUCUGGUUCGGGAGGUGGGCCGCACCAAACUGGAGGUUAAGGUGGUCAUCAAGUCCAACUUCAAACCCUCGCUGCUGGCUCAGAAGAUCGAGGUGCGUAUCCCAACACCUCUCAACACCAGCGGCGUGCAGGUGAUUUGUAUGAAGGGAAAAGCCAAGUACAAGGCCAGUGAGAACGCCAUUGUCUGGAAGAUCAAACGCAUGGCUGGGAUGAAAGAGUCUCAGAUCAGCGCUGAGAUCGAGCUGCUGCCCACCAACGAUAAGAAGAAAUGGGCCAGGCCUCCCAUCUCUAUGAACUUUGAGGUUCCUUUUGCGCCGUCUGGUCUGAAGGUGCGCUACUUGAAGGUGUUUGAGUCCAAGCUCAACUACAGUGACCACGACGUCAUCAAAUGGGUGCGGUACAUCGGCCGCUCUGGCAUCUACGAAACACGCUGCUAAAGUUCAACCUCAUCCAGGCAGCGAACUGACCACUUCCCCUCAUCUAUCCUGUUAAGAUUUUUUUUCUUCUCCCUCUUCCUACUUUGUCUCUCCCCUCCCCACAGUCCCUAUAGCUUCUCUCAUACAAUCCCUCCCACCACCCUCACCCCUUCCUAACUAGGUGUUGGAGAUUGAAUUUACAUCAUUUAAAGAAAAAAAAAGUAAAUAUGGUAUAAUGCACAGAUAUAUGCAAAAUGUGAACCAUUGUAUCGUAUAUAUCUCGUAGUGAUGAGUAAACCUGUAAACCAACUGGUGUCCGAAAGAAAAAGACAAGUGAUGCAGGAGGGGGACCAGGGGGAGAGGACUGGAGACACCUUUGGUGUCUUUAAGGGUUGCUCUGUUGUUUCUUCAGUGUUAUUGUUUGAUUAUCCACUCUCCAGUCUCUUUAGAAGACCCCACAUGUUGUAGUUUUCCCUGCUAAGAUGAUGUGUAGCUGUUGUGGUUAAUGAUGAAUCCUGAUAUAGUUCCUGUAUAUGAGCUUCAGUCUCAGUAGAGUCUGCCCUUCAAAUUGAGCUGCGUCGUCCGAUUCUGUAUUGUGAACCGAUUGAUAUUUGAUCUGUGUUUUGAGGAAAUGGUCAUGUGGAUCUCAGUCGCUUUCUCUUUGCCACUCAGCAGGAUGAGAGAGUGAGAUUAUUUUCAACUUACAAAGUCUCUUUAUGGGUAGUUGGGAAAGAGAAGGAAUUCACGAUGACUGAGCUGUUUUUGUACUUACUGGAGGGUGUGUUGUUUCUUUCCCCCGCUACCUUUCCACUAAUACUUAUAGCACUCGGCGAGUUAAAGUCAGAACAUAGAGGAACAUUCCAGACAGUUCAGAGGUUUGACCAUCGUCCUUAUCAGGAUUCAAAUUUCCUGUUUCUUAAGCACUAAGAUGAACUUUGUCACACUAUUUUUGAUUCAAAGAUCAGGCUAUGGGAGUGUGUGCGUUUGCAGUGAGGUGAGGUCUCCCCCUGGUGUUCUGCCUCGUCGCUGUCCGCUUCUUCAUGUUUGUAGCCCUGGUGACCAUUCUGUCCAAUAAAAUCUGACUAUGUAACCAAACCCGCCCUCUCCCUCCCUCCCUCACUUUUUCUUUUCGCGUGUUUUCAUUUGACUGAUAUUAUUUUAGGAUGUCUAAACUCUAUUCUGUGACUGUUUCCUCUUGACAUUGUGUGAAAUGAGGGUGGGGGUAGUGUAGGAACAAUGGAUCCUGGGUAAUAGGGCUUGCAGUAAGGCUUUAAAGUCCAGUCUUCAUUCUGUCUUUGUACGUGACAAAUAAAUUGGCUCAAAAAUGUUUUACUUUUUCCAAAGGAAACGGCGCUAAAGUGAAAACAAAUUGUGUCCAAACCUGACAGACUAGACGUUGAAAUUAACUGAAGGAAUAAACUUUCUGAUCCUAACAAAAACAUUAUCAUUAGAAGAAAUGGUAAAUAAUUGUGGUUAUAAUAAACCAUGAGAGAGAAAAGGAUUGGUCAGGAAAUGCUUUGGCCGACAUGUUUAAUACAUUUCUCCUGUCUUCCUUUUCCUCUACACCCAGGACGUAAAACAAAAAUAAACCCCAAACAGUAAAAUAAUAGGAUUAAAACACUUGCUGUUAAAAACAUUUACAUUUUCAUCUCUGUAGUAGUAGUAGUGGCAGUUAUUGGCCUGCCACUGGAGUCUGUGCCAGCUUGAGCUCUUAACAUGGACAUGCUCUUACUGAGAAGUUCACACUGAUUUUUAAAAGAACAGAUUCCACAAGAAUCAAGGCGAGGAUUCCCCAAAGUGGCUUAGCACCAAAAUCUAGGCUGGAUUUCCUCAGCAAAUGACACUGGCUGUGUACUUGUAAUUCCAAGGGUGGAACUUAGAACAAUUAUUUCCCAACCUUUUAAAUCCAAUUUACACCCACAAGAACAGAGGGAGUCUGCGGCAAAUAUCGUUUUAAACUCCAAGUGCUUUUGGGAAACCAAGCCUACAACAGAUUGAUCCGACCUCUGCCAACAUCUAUAUUAGAGUCAUCUGACAGUAUUGCAUUACAUCUUCAGAUCACCUGUGAUGGUUCAUUCUCAGUUAUACAGGAGACACAACACAUGCUUAAUCAGUGGCGAUGCAGGACAAAAAAAUCUCAAAUAAAAAAUAAGUGAAAAUCUCAAAUAUUUGACCAGUCACAUUGCUUCAGUGUUGGAACAAUGGCUCUGUUCAGGAAGGAGAAAAAAAAAACAAAAACGCUCGUACUUAACGCUCAUCUUAGGAAAGCGAAUCAGCUCAGGGAAGGAGGAGGUAGCUACAUAAAUGUUGAUCUGGAAUUUCACUGAUUACAUAAAUCUGAACCCUUCAUCCACCGACGUGAUCCAGUGCAGUCCAGGCUACCAAAAUACAGUUCUAGACCGAUGCAGACUGCGUGCACAGACUCAUUCAGUGAAAG